ACGAUUCACAUUUCUACAACACCCAACAGCAGUUUCCUCUCUCAUUCUCUGAAUCAACACGAAACCCUAGCUAGCCGACCCUUACUUGCGACAUCGAUUAUGGUCGAGUUGGGUUCUUCAUUGGAUUCUAAGUUAUUGUGGUCGAGUUCAUUGGAUUCUAAGUUAUUGUGGUCGAAUUGAGUUCUUUCGAGCGUUGGGUUUAGGGUUCUUCAAUCCCUAGCUACACUGUUCUUCGAUUGGGUUUUGAGCUUUGAUUGUUGGGCUAGUUGAGCUCCUAACUUAGAUAUCAGAGUCUGGUCUAGGUUGUUCCUUCAACUCUGAGUUGAGCUGCAUGGACAUUGUUGACAUCUGGGGUAAUGGUGAACUUGGGGAGGCAAAUGUGAAAGAUCUUAAAUUGGAGCCAAAUUUUGGUAUGGGAACAAUACAACGAGAAAAUGACCAUAGAGUGCAACUAGCUGGGCAUUCAGAGUCCAAAAACAAUUCUAGAAGACAAGAAUCUGAAGAAAACAGAGACUCAAAUGCUUUAAGUACUGAUCAGAGUGGCACUAGUGUUGUGGACCAAGGGCAAUCUCCAAUGGAUGAUACAAGCCUUUCUUCCACAUCUCCCACAUGUCCGGCCCCACUUUGUCGGCAAUUCUGGAAAGCUGGGAAUUAUGAGGAUCAGCUUGGUUCUAAAGUCUCUCUUCAAAAUGGGAAAAAUUAUUUACAUAUUCAUCCCAAAUUCCUUCAUUCAAAUGCCACCUCACAUAAGUGGGUAUUUGGUGCCAUAGCAGAGUUGCUGGACAAUGCAAUUGAUGAGAUCCAAAAUGGGGCCACCUUUGUCAUUGUAGAUAAAAUCACAAAUCCAAGGGAUGGGAGUCAUGCAUUGUUAAUUCAAGAUGAUGGUGGUGGAAUGGACCCAGAAGCAAUGCGGCAUUGUAUGAGUUUUGGAUUUUCUAAUAAGAAAUCAAAAUCGGCCAUUGGACAAUAUGGAAAUGGCUUCAAGACUAGUACGAUGAGAUUGGGGACAGAUGCUAUUGUUUUCAGUCGCCAUCUAGACAAUAGGACGUUGAUGCAAAGCAUUGGUCUCCUCUCUUACACUUUUUUAACAAAAACUGGCCACGACAGAAUAGUAGUACCUAUGGUGGAUUAUGAGUUUAAUGCAUCAACUGGGACAUUACAAUCCUCACCUCGGUAUGGCAGAGAACAUUUUAAGGCUAAUCUAUCCUUGCUCUUGCAGUGGUCUCCCUACUCAACUGAAGAAGAGCUAUUGAAGCAGUUUGAAGACAUUGGAUAUCAUGGCACGAAAAUUAUUAUGUACAACCUAUGGUUCAAUGAUGAAGGAAAUAUGGAACUAGAUUUUGAUUCAGACUCAGAGGACAUUUGUAUAGCUGGCGAAAUGAAAAAAGUGGUGACACUUCCUGCUUGGAGGGCAGAAAAUGAACAGCACAUUGCUCAUAGAUUGCGUUAUUCUCUUCGUGUAUACUUGUCCAUCUUGUACUUGCGGAUACCUCAAUCUUUCAGAAUAAUGUUGCGUGGGAAAGUUGUUGAGCUUCAUAAUAUUGCCAAUGAUCUUAAAUAUCCAGAAUUCAUUCUAUAUAAACCUCAAAGUGGUGGAUGCGUGGAGGGUACAGUUAUAACGACAAUAGGGUUUCUGAAGGAAGCUCCUCAUGUGAAUAUGCACGGCUUCAAUGUGUACCACAAGAAUCGUCUUAUACUCCCAUUUUGGCAGGUUGUGAGGUUUACAGACAGUAGAGGUAGAGGAGUUGUUGGUGUUUUAGAAGCAAACUUUGUUCAGCCUACUCACGAUAAGCAAGAUUUUGAGAGAACUACCCUUUUCCAAAAGCUUGAAGGCCGCUUGAAAGAAAUGACACUUGAGUAUUGGGAUUACCAUUGUGGACUCAUUGGGUAUCAAGUUAAAAAGAAGCCUCGAGUGCUCGAGCCUCUACAGAGAUCACAUUAUUCUAAUACUCAUAGUGAAAUGCAUAAACCUGUUACACCUAAUCAAAGAUCCUUUGUUAUUGGUAGUGAGAAAGCAGACCUUGCUGUUGAAGCCUAUCAACAUUCAGCUGUAUUGCGUAUGAAGAGGAUGGAUCAUAAUGGUUCAAUGGACCUUCACAAGCUGAAGAAGCAAGCAGGGGCAGAUACCAGUGUAACUGAUAUCUGGCAUAAUCGGGGACUGCAGUCUUGUAAUACCACUGCAAAACAGGUGAAUGAUCAAGAGGCCGCAAACUUGAUGCAAGAAAAUAAGAGGCUUCAUUUCCAAUGCUCGGAAUAUGAGAAGAGAGAGAAAGAACUGUGUCUCAAGGUGACUAGGCUUAGAAGUGAACUGGGAAAGGUCCAACGUGAACAUGCUCGAUUGUUGGCUGAAUUGCAGUCCUUGGAUGCAGUCAAGGCUGAAAAGAAUGUAAAUGUGUAGAUUUUUUUUUUGUUGUUGUAAAUGUGUAAUUCUGUUUGUUAUCAUGCUUCAAUAUUUCCCUUUUACAACAUACUGUUUCAUAGGUUGGCUUUCAACGUUACGUACUUGAGGUGGACAAGAACAUAAGUGAAACCCCAGCCUGUCUUCCUUCCCCUUUUCUCUGUGUGAAGGAGGUUGCUUCUAGGAGGUUAGGUUUUAAUUGAUUGAAUAUCUGAAAAAAGAAAACAUGAUUCUCAUGUUCCUCCACCAUAUCAGGGGUAGGGGGAGGGCAUGAAUUUCUUGUGAAAAACGGGAUUCAAGUGUUAGAAGGUUUUUUUUUUAUUUCCUCAUUCUUUUUUGUAAAGCUAAUGGAUGCAAUCUGAUACGAUGAUUUUCGACCGUAGCCUUGUAAAAUGUUGAUGCAGAAUUGCAUGAGACCUGAUAAAAUGUUUGAAUACACGGUACUUUGCUAUUGGAAAACAAGCUAAUUGCUGCUUGCAUAA